GAGGGGGAUCUAUUUUCAACCUGGAUAGAUUCAAUGAUUUACCUUCCAAACUGCAAGGAACCAAGGAAGAGAGGUUGGGGGCAGGGACUGGACAGGGGAGUAGUUUUCACAGGAAUCUGAAGGUCAGAGGAUGCUCAGAGUGGGAGUCAUGUCCAUUCUUGCUGUAUAAUACUGGAAAAUGAGAAAACAAGCGCAACGCCACCUAGCCCAGUUCUGCUGGAUAAGGAAAGCAGAUUUAAAUUUGGUUCAAUGUUAAUGAUUAAAAAAGGGGGAGAAUAUGGUAACCUACAGGCUGUUCCUAACAGAAGAAAGCAAGCUCUAACUACUCACAAACACUUCUUGUCAGAAUGAAAUUCCUACAGCUACUAUCCAGGAAACCAGGGAAACUGGAAAUGCUUUUUCAAAUACCAUUUUGCCAGAAGCAAUUCCCAUACAUGUGUCUGGCUACCUCCACGUGUCUUUAUAGCAAGAAGAAAAAAGUAAACAGUUAUGAACAUGUUGACCAAGAAAAAUACAAGAACUUGGUCUACUCUGUUACAUCUUACAAAACCAGUGCCCAGACACCACAGACAAUACUUGAAGAAGACAAUUUGUUAUAUGGGCCACCAGAUAAACACAGACCUCCAGUUAAAGCUGAAACAAAAAUUCCCAAGAACUGGAUUCCGUUAAUAAACCCCAACAAGAGAACUCCCCUUCCAAACAGUGAUUCAAACAUCCCCAUGAAAAUUGCUUUACAAAAAACAAAAAUGCCCAGUGUUACCCGUAUUCUUCAACAGACGCUUUCUCCGCAGCAAACCUUUUAUCUAGAAAGAUGGAAGCAGAAAAUGAUACUGGAACUUGGGAAAGAUGGUUUUGCAGAGUAUACUAAAAAUCUUUUCCUCCAAGGAGAGCUCUUUCAUGCAGCUUUGGAAUCUAUAUUCAUGUCUGAAGAGAUGGCAACUAAGGAGCAGAGAGAAGAUGUUGAUGUUUCUGGCUACUUAUCAAGUGUGCAGCAUGUCUUAAAAGAUAUCAGCGAAGUGAAAGCUCUGGAAAGUGCAGUUCAGCAUGGGACUCUUCAGUAUCUGGGCCUGGUAGACUGCGUGGCUAAGUAUCGAGGCCAGUUGUGUGUGAUCGACUGGAAAACUUCUGAGAAACCAAAGCCGUCUCUGAAGAAUACUUUUGACAACCCAUUACAGGUUGCAGCAUAUAUUGGAGCCAUAAACCACGAUGCCAAUUAUGACUUCCAGGUCAGCUGCGGGCUCAUUGUGAUUGCCUAUAAGAAUGGCUCCCCUGCGCAUCCGCAUUUCAUGGGUCCCGAUCUGUGCUCACAGUACUGGAAUAAGUGGCUUUUGCGCCUUGAAGAGUACAUGGACAGAAACUGACCCAAACUGAGCCAUGCGAAGGCAAGUGGUCUGAACACAGAGCCCAAGCAAGAAUCCUUUGUUUAAAACUUCAAUUUGAAUACAUGUUCUUUUUUGAGUAACUUUGGCUAAUUUCUUACUAUCAGGGUCCCCCUACCCCCCUCCAAAAAAAAAAAAAAAAAAAAAAAAAAGAAAAAAAGGAAAAUUGGAGCGGGGAAUGUGUGUGUAUUUGCUCACGUUGUGGGUGACUUAAGUGGACCUGGCAGGGCAAAGUGACUUCAUUAAUCUGUUUUUUCCCCACAGAGUUUAUACAACCUGAGGUUGAUAGGAAAGUUUCUAUUAUCAAGUAAAACUGUUCAGUCAAAUCAUCCUCCUUUAGUCAUUUUUGAGAAGAUGGCUCUUACAGAACUGAGACUUCGGAAAUGAAGUUGGUGAAGUAAAGCAAAACAACAUCUGCAUUGUCUGACCUGAGAGAAAUGCAAAUGAUAAACAAAUUAAUAUAGUAGACUGUGUUUCAGUCAGCUUAAUUCUUGCUCAUCUCAAAGGUAUCUAUUAACAGGCUUGUUACUAUUUGUGGUUUUUCUUACAGCAACAACUGGAAAAACUGCGCUAAGAACUAUAACCAAAGUUCUCAUAAGCACUUAUUUAAAAUAUUAAGGCAAAGUGAUCACUUAACAGAAGUGGCUUAGCAAAAGAGGAGCAGAGUUGUAACCGAUGCACUUGGAAAUUUCCAGCAAGUGUUCUGAAAGGUAGGAAGUUUGGCUACUUCUAGUGGCUCCUCCUGCAGGUUUCUUAAUGGGCUGCACGGCCCACAUAAAAGAACUGUGAGUGUAAAUGAGCUUUGUACCAUAGGUUGCAAGGCUCUGUGCAGGCCCAGUCUGCAACGGUCUGGAGUUCUCCUGACUUCGCUGUGGGCCUGAGCCAACAAGGAGCCGACCCAGGUGGAACCAGCUCCAGUGUUGAGUUACAGCAUUUGCCAGUGCGAGUAAAUGUUGUUAUAAAAGUAGGCUCGUGACUUUGAAGCUGGGCCUUCUGGGGAAUGAAGAGCUGCUGGUUGGGUUUGGGGUUUUUUAGGGGUUUGGGGUUUUGGGGUCUUUUUUAUAUAAGUUUGUGAAUAAAUGUCCUAAAACAGAAGCCGUUAUUAUAUAACAGAAGUGGUUAUUUCUGAAGCUUGUUUCUCUGUCUCUAGACUUGAUUUUAUGAAUAAGCCUUAAUGAUGUCAGGCAAUGCUGUUUUGUGCAUUGUACUCUCUUCUUCCUCAUUCCCUUUGUUUUCUCUAAAUUGUAGGUAUGAGUUUUCAUAAUAACAUUGCAUAUUACAAAUAAAAAUACAACCAACCCAUAAGCUGCAACAAAAUCAGCCAGAACCAUCCCUAAAAAACCCAAUAGGCAGGCUUGCUGCUGAGGAAACUUAAAACCUCUAUAGUGCUUAAUCUCUGCUCCUUUGGAGUACUGAGCUGCAGAAACCUGUGCAAUGAAACUUACAGUGGUACUUGCUUAUUCAAACCUAGUCUGGUGAUGGUGUGAUUACUCUGUGCUUAAUUAGAUUUCUAUCUAAAAAGACGACCAUGGAGACAGAGAAACUAGGUUCAGAGAUGACUAACCGCGACGGCGCUGCGUGAGCACUCAGAAGUUCUACUUGUUUUGCGAGUAUCUUCCCACAUCACAGAAUUUUAGCAAGUGGGUGGUUCAACGUCACUGAACACGGUCAAUUUUCUGUGAAUGAUAGCUCCGUGGAUACAGAGAGGGUGGGCAGACGCAAGAGCUGAGAUGCCCUGGGCAGAAGCAGGAGGUGAUGAAACAUGCCAAGUUCCCUGGGGUGGUUGGGAUUGGAUAAAUUGAGAGAGUGUGGAGCAGCUGGGCAAUGUUUGGGUGGGAUUGCCUUCUUCACCACUGCCUCAUACAGCCAUUAGAUGUCUCUGAACCACAUAUGAUUUCAGCCUCAUCCUGCCUCCUAGUAAAUAAGGGCAAGCCUGGAGCCUGGACAACGCGGGCAUCUGUUGGCUUCACCUGCGUUCAUUUGUUUAACAAAAGCCUCGAGUCUGAGGAAGGCUGCCAGCUUCACUAGCAAAGGUAGUUUGUAAACCUAUCUUCAAGUCUCGGAUGAGUCUGUACCACGAGAGAGCCAGGAGGCGACAUGCAGCCUUCAAAGGCAGCAGCAGUGGAAGUUACUGGUGUCUUGCACUUUUGAAUGUCUGGCUGCCUCUGGCUAUCCCUGUGUGAGCUCUGGAACGUUUCUGUAGGGGCAGAAGCUGGUGCCAGUUUUGUGCUGUAAUAGAACUGGCAAAUGGCCGUUGCCAAUGUCACGCAAACUCAAACCCACUUUGUGACCAGUUUAAACUAACUUGCCAGACUGUUAAAUUGAUGUGCCCAGGGCAUCUGCUGCAGGGAGUAUCUGUCCUCCACAGAAAAACCAGCCAAUCAGGGUAGUUACUCCAGCCAUCACAUCCAGCUUGUCAUAGCUGUGCUUUCCACCCAGAUCGGUUUUUAUUUCUGUGUGCUGUCACCUGCUGCUCUUCUCUGUUGCAGCGCUUUCUUUGACUCUUUGACUGGAAUCACACAGAGGGACCCCCUCAAUGUGCCUGUAGCUCUGUCAACAGGGACAUGCUUUGGGAACUGAUGUUGGGGGGAAAUCAAAAGCAGUGUGCGCUAUGGGGAGGCAGAGGGGAACCCACGUGUGCACACACAAAACAUGUCUCCAGUGCAAUAGGGAGGGUUUUGGCUGCAACUCUGCUGCUCCAGUGUUGGGGCUGAGGUUUCAGAGCUGAGCACACGAGGCUCCUUUGCAGUUAGGUGAAUGCCAGUCACUUUGCUCAGCUGGACUCAACAGUCCCACCUAGGAGCUGAACUCAACAGUGAAGUUUCAUGGCUGAGACCUCACUACGUGAGUUACAGAGGAGUGUAGCCAGCACUGUUAACCAGCUGUUAACACUUUUCUGAGCCAGGCAGUUUUGUCCCAUGUAUUUGCAAGCAUUCAAGCUUCACUCAGAGUGAGCAACCUUCCGUUUAUGCUAUUCAGUUGUGACAGCGUGAUCUCAGAACUGGGGAUCAGUGCAUAGGCAUGCGCUCGUUCUGCAAAGUAAGGAUCUUCUAAUUUACCUCAGAUGCUUUUUUUUCCUGUGGACUUCCCAUUUAUUAAAGUAUUCCGCAAACCUUCCCGUUACAGAGAAUGACAAGUUUGUUCCUUACACAGUAGCAUCGCUUUAUUACCCUCGUUUUCAAGGUCCCAAGUACCGACAGUUGUGCCGAUGAAAGUAUUGAUAUCACCAGAAAUGCUUUAAAACCCCUAGAAGCUUUUCCCCACUAAAACCCAAGCCAAUGCCUGUACACAAGUGAGGCAAAUUGAGAAGAUUCUUGCAGACAUGCUCAGAAUCUAACAUUUUUUUAGUAUAAAUUACUAUUAAGGUCCUGGCUCUGACUGAUAUUUUAGAUGGGUUACUUUUCAGACGCUGUUUCAAGGUAUACAGAAUACAGCGUAUCCUCCCCAAAUGUACAGUUUUAUUUUGAGCAUGAACUGAAUUUUUGGAACCUAUAAAUGAAACCCACUAAUUGUUAUGCAUUUAAAUUGAUGUAAAACCUGCUUAGUGGCUGUGUCCAUUAAGUCAAGAGGCAGAUGAAUACCAUGCACUCGGACCGGAGUACCUUGUGGUUGUGGAGGAGGUUACCACCCCACCCUGUCACUCCUCAAAGAGACGCCUAAGGACCCAGCAAAGGCUGCAUCAGCUUCUGAAGAGCAUUAAAGUGUCAGGUGGUUUCAGUGACAUGAGUUACAUGGGGCAUCCCUCUCCCCUUUGUUGUUUUUAAACCCCUAAAUUCACGUUUGAUAGUCCCUAUAGGCUACCCUCUUGGUUGUCCUGGGUCAACAGGAGCUGGAGCAGGAUAUGGGGGAGUCCUAAAUGCACAGAGAGUAGUACCAGUCCCUCAUCAUCAUCAUUGCCACCUCCUUCCCUUGUAGCAUCAGUCUCACUAUGAGCCUCCUAAACUGACAGUGGUUAUGGGUGGGAGGGCAGAUCCGUGCCCUCAGGUUUGCACUGAUCGCGUGAGGCAGAGACAGGCAAAGUCUCCCUCUUCACUGCGUUGCACUGCUCUGCUGUAUUAGUGAACAGGCACAUGCUCAGUAAAAAAAAAAUUUUAAAAAUCCCUAAAUGAACACACACGCUUGCAUACACACCAUAAAAUACACACACAAUUGCAUUUCAUCACGACGGAAAAGUACGUCUUCAAGUCAUUAAAGUGUUUUCUUUGGGCUUCUGGGUUGAUAUUGAUGUAUGUUAAAAGGAUGUGGUAGUAAUCCCCAAAGUGAGCGUGACAAGUCCAGGAACGUCAGCGUCAAGGUUGCACUUAUAUCUAAACAUGAUCAAAUAAGUUCACAGCUUAAAGUACCUAAAACAAGGCUGCAAGUUUGCGCUGGCAUAAUGCCAUCCGCUAGUAGGGAAAGUUUGGAAGGAAAAAGUACAUCCUUUUAAAAAGUCUCGGCUCACCUUGGAUCAUGCUUCCGUAAAUGAUUAGUUCACUGCAUUUAUGGGGAGGGGGGCGGGCAGAGUUAAGGUUAUUUGCACAUUUUUAUCUUAUUUACCAACAGAGCGUGCUCCUGUUCGUAAGGCCAUUUUAAUUCAUUUUUGUCAUGGAGCAAUGUACUAGUAGCUGCUCUUAGAUGGCACAUUUCACCCAAACCUCUCAAAAGUGAUUUGUACGGGAGGCAAUGGUUACUAUCUGUACAGAAUACACUGGGGAGAGGUGAACUUAUUUGUCAGUGGCCUCUCAGGCAUGUGGUAGCGCUGAAACAGAAAGCAGGUUGCCCGAGUGUCAGUUCAGUAAAAUGCUCCAUCCAAGAGAUGACAGCCUCUUCCAAGCUUGCUUUUUUUUUUUUUUUUUGUGGCCAGAUAAGGAAGUCUGGUGUUUGCAUCAUAUUUGGGAAUAUUUCUGUCAAGUUGGGGUUCUACCGACAUCAAGAGAGUCCUGUUAACAAAGGCAUCCCUUUCAUUUCAGGGAUUUCUUUCAAAAUUAUUUUUAAAAAAAUAAUAUAUAUAUAGUCCUAUAUGUAAACUUCAUUCCUUUAGACCACUGUAAUCCAUCGUGUUACUCAUCUUUGUCGUUGUCUUUGGAGUUCCUCUGCAGGACAGGGCUCAGUUUGUUUUGCAAAACCGCUGCAAGUUUUUUUGAGGUUUUUUUCAGGAAAGCACUUCCAGGGUGAACGUUACUAACGUGCAGGUACAGGUCCUCCUGCGUGGGGCCCGUGUAGCCGCAGUCUUCGCACACGUAAAGUUUAUCUCGCCUCUGUUUGUAGGCGUAUUGCUGCUGCACGCCAUGAAUCUUCUUAAGGUGGGACUCCAGGGAACAGCGCUGGGUGAAGGCUUUGUUGCAAACCUCACAUUUGUAAGGACGAAUUCCUGCAAUGGUAAAAGAGCAAUUACCGUUCUGAUUUCCGUUUCUUACAGCCGACUAAGGAAGGAACUGGCUAAGAGCAAGGCUCUGGCCUAUCAGUUACUAAGCAAAUUUUAGCCUGAAAGUAAGAUGUUUUAUUUAGAUAGUUCCUCAGGCUAGUAGCUCACUGCUGCUAGCUCGGGGAACUAACUGCCUAAAUAAAACCUAUUACUUUCAGGCUAAAAUUUUCAGGCAUGGGUUGAUAUAUUUAGGAAUAGAAAGCCUAGAAAAGUUUUGAGAAGACAUAGGCAGGUGCUGAGGGUACCAGGUGCCCAUCGGUGCUUUGGUCCUAAAGAAGAAGCCAUUAUCAACUCUUGCAAGACUGACUCCUUCAGAGCCCUGACUUUUUGAGGUCCUGUGAUUAGGUAAAACUAUCGGUUCCGGCUCACCUUUCAUUUUGGCUUUUAUAAUGAAUGAAAUCUUGUGUCUCAGUAAGAUGUUAGUUUUUCCCUUUUAGUGAGCAAAGCUUAACGAGGCUCCAGCGAACGGCAGCCCAAUGCGAACAUACAGCAAUCCCAGUAUGUCAGACGAGUGAGAGUGUUUUCACAGAAUACGGAUGUGAUGACUGAGGUCACAAGCUCAAAUUCUAAGUGCACUAAGAUGAAAGAAAUAGGUAUGUGUGUCUCCAGAGGAGGGAGAAGGGGCUGGCUUGUGAUUUGAAUGCCCGAGCAGUUUCGUUCGGUACAGACAAAUUACAUUAUAAAAACACUGAGCCGUAAAAAGUAUCCACUUUACCACCAGUCAGCACUGAUUUAGGAGCAACAGCCUCACAGUACUUGAAUGACAAAUAGCUGAGGGUUUAUCAACACUUGAAAAAAACCUACAAAAGUGUGAUUUUACUUACUAGACUAGCUCAGUAAGUUUUCAAGCAAA